CACCUGCAUCAAGGGAGGGGAAGGUAGCCACACUCAAUCCAGUCCGAGGAUCAGCUCCCAAGCCCAUUCUCCUUCAUCCAAACUUCCACACCGAGCCCCUCCACCUGCUCACCCAGAAGUCCGGGAGCCCCCCACCCCCACCACACACACGCACACAUCGCUUUGAGCUGAGCUCCAUCUCUUCAAGAUGUCCAAGGUAGCCAAGUACCGCAGGCAGGUGAGCGAAGACCCUGAUAUUGACAGCUUGUUGUCUACGCUGUCUCCAGAGGAGAUGGAGGAGCUGGAGAAGGAGCUGGAUGUGGUGGAUCCAGAUGGGAGUAUUCCUGUGGGGCUCCGGCAGAGGAACCAGACUGACAAGCAGUCCACAGGCUUGUACAACCGUGAAGCCAUGCUCAAUUUUUGUGAGAAGGAGACCAAGAAACUUAUCCAGAGGGAGAUGUCAAUAGAUGAAAGCAGGCAAGUGGAGACCAAGACAGAUGCCAAGAAUGUAGACGAGAAGGGCAGGGAUGCUGGUAAAAAAGCACUUGGUUCCAAACGGGACUCAGAGCUGGGAAAAGAGAAGGACAGUCCAAAGAUAAGCCGACAAAGAGAGAAAGAUGAAGCAGACAGCAAAAGCAAAGAAAAGCUGAAGGGUGACAAAAUCUUGAGGGGCAUAGACAAGGGCAGGGUCAAGGCUGCUGUGGACAAGAAAGAGACAGGGAAGGAUGGGAGAGGAGAAGAAAAAACAGUGGCAGUGAAGAAAGAGGAUGAGAAGAAAGGGAUUGAAAAGAGCCGAAGUAUGAACAAAGAUAAGGAGAAGAAGGGAGAGAACAAGAGUGAGGCAGAGAAAAAAAAGGAGGAAGAGAAAGUGAAGACAGAGAGUGGCAAAGAGGAAGCCAAAAAGGAAGAUGGGAGAGUUAAGAAGGGGGAGCCUACCACCCCAAAGGAGCCUAAGGAUGAUGCCAAGGCCAAGAAUGUUAAGGCCCCAGAGUCUGAGAAGCCCACGCCCAGUAGUCCUGCCAAGACCCCAGAGACUCCAGCCAAGGCAGAAGAAGAAGCAGCCCCAAGCAUAUUUGAUGAACCUCUGGAAAAGGUGAAGAAUAAUGACCCAGAGAUGACAGAGGUAAAUGUCAAUAACUCAGACUGCAUCACAAAUGAGAUUCUGGUCAAAUUCACUGAGGCACUGGAAUUCAACACUGUGGUCAAGGUGUUUGCCUUAGCCAACACUCGGGCAGACGACCACGUGGCUUUUGCCAUUGCUAUCAUGCUCAAGGCCAACAAGACCAUCACCAGCGUCAACCUGGACUCAAAUCACAUCACUGGCAAAGGCAUCCUCGCCAUUUUCCGGGCUCUGCUCCAGAACAACACACUGACAGAGCUUCGCUUCCACAAUCAAAGACAUAUCUGUGGGGGCAAGACGGAAAUGGAGAUAGCCAAGCUCCUUAAGGAGAACACCACACUGCUCAAGCUGGGCUAUCACUUUGAGCUGGCUGGGCCCCGGAUGACUGUCACCAAUCUGCUAAGCCGUAAUAUGGACAAACAGAGGCAGAAGAGGCUGCAGGAGCAGAAGCAGGCACAGGGUGGGGGUGGGGAGAAGAAGGACCAGCUGACAGUGCCCAAGAUUGGGGCCCUGCCCAAAGGCUCCCCUAAGCCAUCACCACAGCCCUCCCCAAAGCCCUCCCCGAAGAAUUCCCCCCAAAAGGGUGGCACGCCUGCUGCCCCACCCCCACCCCCACCUCCCCUGGCUCCACCCCUCCUUCCAGAGAACCUGAGGAAUUCCCUUUCUCCAGCCACCCAAAGGAAGAUGGGUGAUAAGGUCCUCCCAGCACAAGAGAAGAACUCCCGGGACCAACUGCUAGCUGCCAUACGUUCCAGCAAUCUCAAGCAGCUCAAGAAGGUGGAAGUACCCAAACUGCUUCAGUAGGACGAGGGGCCUGGGAACACUGUCUGCCCAUCCCAGAACUGUGCUCAUACCAAGCCUCCCAGAAUGAUGCAGACCUCCCCCAACUUCAGCUUACUGCUGUGGAGGGACCUACUCUGUGAAGGGAAUCCCAGGAGAGAGGCCAAGGACCCUGAAGUCUGGGCCAUAUUCAAGGAAAGACACCUCCUUUAACCUCACCUUUCUUUUCUUGUCUUUGAGAUGCUCCAAGGAUUUCUUUCCCUAGGAAAGUUUUGGACUAUGAGAGCCCACCUAGUGUGCCACUCAGAAGGUGGUACUGUUCCUGGGUGCCAUGCUCCCAGUUAGCCAUGGAAGACCUAGAGAGAUGCCUGGCAAGGACCACAUGACUCUUCUCCAUUUCCUCCCAAUACUUGCUGCUCCUGUGGCUGGGAUUCGGCUCUCCGAGGAGCCCAGGAGGCACAGUUGAUGGGGUUGGUGGUUCUCUGAAUGUGGUACUGCCAGGAGAAGGGAGAUGGCUUGGUAUGGAAGGGUAGAGGUGUACAGAAGGCAAAAAGGAAUCAUAUUUGUUUGGACUGCACAUAAUUGGGAGGAAUUUGGGGUUUUCAGAAAGAGAUAAGAGUGAGAUAGGGAGCCACCCCCAAAUCCAUGGAUCCAGGAAAGCAGCAUGCUGCCCCUAGUGCUCCUAGAAUGUGCCUGGGUUGAUUGAAAAGGAAGUCAGGGGAACAGCAGUAUUCUGGAUUAACUCUUCAGGGGCUGUGGUGGAGUGGAAGGGGAAGGGGUUGGCUGCUGGGCAAGAAUGAGAGAGGGGCACACCCAGAAUGACAGUUGGUCAUACCAGAUACCAACAGACAUUUCCCUCACAUCUGCCAGCUACUGUAUAGAAUAGCCAUGUAUCUGUUUUUCUUUUCCAUAAGAUUUUGAUAAUAUAUACAAACCUUUAGCUGCCUAA